GGUUAUUUGGUUCAAUUCCCAGCACGCUGCUCCAAGGCCAGUUCAGCCUACCACCUCCCACGCUCUCUCUCCGCGGCGAAACUGCGCGCCAUUGAUGUGGAGAACUGUAGCUCUGAACUUCGGUCGAAGAACAAAUGGAGUGCCCGGGACCCCCUUCUUCCGCCGCCACGCUUGUAACGCAGCCGCGGUAAUACCCACCUCGUCUUUCCCCUUUUUGCUUCAUUGUGAUGCACUAGGUCGUGUCCCUUCUCCCUCUUCCUCAUCCUCUGUGGAUUCUUACGGGUUGGAUUCCUCUUUUUUCCAUCAAUCACGUGGCUUUUGCUCCGGUUUACCGAGUCCAAAUGAGUUGUCCGAGGCGCUAGGCCUUGCACAAGAUGGGGACUCUCCCUCCUUCACAAAAUCCGUGAAAUUUUCAAGGGACGUGGAGUUGGUGUCUCGGAUUUUGAUCGAACACCAUAACCCAUAUCACACAAUGGAAGCUUCUCUGCAGUUGAAUGGGAUUCAGUUGUCCCCAUCUCUGGUCCACCAAGUUCUGCAGAGGCUUAAGAAUGUCUCGAAAAUUGCUCUUGGAUUCUUUUCUUGGGCCAGAGAGCAAGCAAGUUAUCGCCAUGAUGUUGAAUGUUACAAUCUCAUGAUUGAUAUUCUAGGCAAGGUUCAUCAAUUCGAUGUAAUUUGGCAAUUGAUCAUGGAGAUGGAUCAAGAGCAAAUCCGGCCUGCGCAUACGACAUUCUACAUCCUCAUAAGGAGACAUAUAGCAGCGGGUUUCACCCGCCAGGCAAUUAGAGCUUUUGAUGAUAUGGUGGGGUUUAUUGAGCGAGAGCAUAAUUCUGAUGAUUUCGUGUUCCUUUUGGAUACACUAUGCAAGUACGGACAUGUUAAGGUAGCCACAGAAAUUUUCAAUAAGAGGAAGUCUCAGUUCACCCCGGAUGCUAAAAUGUACACGGUCUUGGUUUAUGGAUGGUCCAAGUUUAACAAGCAAGAUAUGGCGAAGAAAUUCUUCGAUGAAAUGAUUGAUCGCGGUAUUGAACCUAAUGUAGUAACCUACAAUGUUCUUCUCAAUGGGAUUUGUCGACGGGCAAGAUUGCAUCCUGAUCCGCGCUUUGAUCAGACAAUAGAGGAGGCUGAGAAGCUGCUCAAGGAGAUGAAGCUAAGAGAAAUUGAGCCUGAUGCGACUAGUUACUCUAUUGUUCUUCAUGUUUACAGCCGUGCUCAUAAGCCAAACCUCUCGUUAUUGAAAUUGAGGGAGAUGAAGGAGAGAGGGAUCAGUCCAACAAUUGCUACAUAUACUUCCGUUAUUAAGUGUUUGUGCUCAUCUGGCAGAAUUGCUGAUGCGGAAGAGUUACUGGAUGAGAUGACUGCAAAUGGAGUAUGUCCAACCGCUGAAACAUACAAUUGUUUUUUUAAGGAAUAUAGAGGGAGGAACGAUGCUGACAGUGCAUUGAAACUGUACAGAAAAGUGGAGGAUUCUAUGUCUUUGGGCUUGCUAAGCAUCCAUACUUACAAUAUAUUGAUUGGAAUGUUCUCCAAGUUAAAUAAAAUGGAGAUAGUCGAUGAAUUGUGGACUAGCAUGUUGGAGGGUGGCAUUGGGCCGGAUUUAGACUCUUACACAUGCUUAAUCCAUAAUUUAUGUGAAAGAAAAAAGUGGAGAGAAGCAUGCCACUUUUUUGUUCAGAUGAUAGAGAAGGGUUUUCUUCCACAGAAGCGUACAUUUGAGACACUUUACCGUGGACUUAUACAGUCAGAUAUGCUAAGGACUUGGAGAAGAUUAAAGAAAAGGCUUGAUGAGGAGUCAGUUAAAUUUAGUUCCGAGUACGAAAGGUACCAUUUUAAGCCAUACAGGAGAUAAUGGAAUACAAGAGCAUCCUGAUGGCUUUUAUGUUGCUGUAAUGGAGUAGAUGUUGAAACAGACAUGGUUUGCUUCAUGAGCUAGUCGAUGGUUUUUUCCUUUGCAGUCUCUUUGGCCACCAUCGUUAGAAAUUCAUCCGUAGAUGGCCUUCUUUUUUAUUUUGAACUUGAAGAAAAAAAAAAGUACAAGAAAGAGCUCAAAUAUGAUGGCCUAUUACUUUCAAGAAAAGCGAUGUCCAAAUUGAUCUCACUGAAUCGAGCUCUUUAAUCAGUACAAUUUGCCAUGAAGAUCAGAGACUAGAUGGCACAUCUUCAUCGAAGAGGCAUAGUUGUUGUUGGUGGCAUGUCAUCAUCAAGGGAGAGGCAACCUAGUUACUUGUCAGUUAAAUCUUGGUGUUUGGGCACUUUAUGAUCAAGCAAGGCAAUUGGAGAAAAUUAUGUUCUUGUACUAAUGAUUUUCAAGUUUCCAUGAUCCAAGGAACUGGAUUAUCCUACCCCUAAGCGCAGCUGUCUACGAAGCUUUGCUCUCCCCCCUAGGUUUUGUAGUACUCGGCUCGUCGCUACUUUGAUUCAUAGCAAGGAUUUCCAGAAGAAGAUGCCAUUCAUUUGAUGUUCUAUAGAAAGGAAGAUCGAAAAUUUUUUUAUAGCAAUUAUAUGGUGAUGUUUUACUUGAGCAGCUUAAACAAGAGAAAAUUCUCACCCCUAAGUUGGUUUCUGUGUUUGAGAAAUGUAGAGAAAACAGCAAGCCUCUUUGCAAGCUGGAUCAGCUAAAGUUCCCAUUGGCUUUCUAGCUCAGAAGAAAAUGGAUAAAUACGAAACCAAAUGGUUACUUAUAUAAGACAUACAAUAUGGUGGAUGUAAUGUCGUAUGCUUUUGAAUUUCUUAGAGGGAUGCAUUAAUGUUUCAUGUAAGCUUGUUCUGUUGAAUGAGAUGCAUCUGAAAUGCUGCACUGUAUCUCGAUGUGCACUCGGGAUUCUUGUGCCAUACUUGAAUUUUUUGUAGAUUGUGGCCUAUAGUUUUUUACCCGGACUUGUUGUUCAGUGUGAUUGAUA